CCUUCCUGUUUACAAAUGCUACAUUUUGUUCGUCGCCCAUUGGUUUCGUCCAUUAUAUUACGAAUAUGUGUUGAUCGUGGUCGACCUUUCUUCCUUCUAACGGAAGGCGGUACAAUUGGUGGGUCCUGGGGUCGUGGCCAGUGUCGCCUGUCUGGAACUGGAUGGAAAAGCGGCGAUGUGUUACUCAGCUUAUUUAUGAACGAGCUAUAUGGCUUCCAACUUGAUAAUCAUCGGUGGUAUCCUUUGGAGCUACGCAAGGAGAAGUCUACUAAAGAUAAGCAGUCAAAAGGUUGCAAGAGAAAUGAACGAUCAAAUGAUAGCCAAGAUGAUAUGGAAAUGCCUCUACAAAGUGAAAUGGAUGAUAAUACUGAGGAUUCUGAAGAAGCAGCAGGCUCACAAUGUGAUGUUUCCAACGUUUCUAAUCAUUUGACUAAGAAUCUAUCCUUAAAUGCAGUUAGUUCAACCAAAGUCUCUGAUGCGAAGGUGCAGGGACUUAUUGGUGAUUGUGAUAAGCAACAAUCAACUCUGCCUGAGGUGGUGAAGCCUUGUGGGCGAAUCAAUUCGUGCAUGGUUGUGGGAAAAGACGCACUCUAUUUAUACGGAGGGAUGAUGGAAAUCAAAGAUCGAGAAAUUACGCUUGAUGAUCUUUAUUCGCUUAACCUGAGCAAGCUAGAUGAGUGGAAGUGCAUCAUACCGGCAUCAGAAUCUGAAUGGCAAGACAUUUCUGAAGAUGAGGACGAAGAGGAGGAUGAGGAUGAUGACGAUGGUACCGAAGAUGAUGAAAGCGAUGAUGGUAGUGACACUAGUGAGGCAGAUGAUGAUGAUGAUGAUAUUGUGUGUGACGUUAAUGGGAAAAAGACUCUGGAUAUGUCCACUGCCGUGUCCUUAUUGAAGGGUGAAAAAAAGAACUUGCGUAGAAAAGAAAAACGUGCAAGGAUAGAACAAAUCAGGGUUACUCUUGGUCUUUCAGACUCUCAGAGGACCCCUACGCCUGGAGAAACUUUGAGAGAUUUUUAUAGAAGAACAAGUAUGUACUGGCAAAUGGCUGCUCAUGAGCAUACUCAACACACUGGAAAGGCGGCUGUUUUUAUCGACAACCCUCCCGACGAAUGCUCGCAAAUCGAAGAGACGCUAGGCUCGUGCCACACCGGCAUCGAAGGCUUCUACAUAAGAAGCGAAGUCCGCCAAGCCGGAACCCAACAAUACAAGGGGAGAAGAGGGGUGCAUCCAAGAACGUAUCUCACCCGCUUCACAUUAGUUUGCAAGUUUAUUGUGGCGGAGCAUAGGCUGUCGAUGAUUAGCCGACGUACUAGCGUCCCAGACCAGGGAGUUCAUCGACAAGAGCAACAAGACCUUUGGGGCAACAAAAAAAAAUACAGAAUAAGUAAUUUGACGAAGUCGCAGAUGUCGUCUUUGUCCUCCUUGGGUGACAUCUCUUUUAAUACCACCUCGAAGUUCUUGCGGUCGACUUUCUUCCUCUCAAGGGGUAAUCCAAGUAGAACUACAACCUCCUGGGGCGUGAAGCGUAUGAUCUGCGGGCCUAUUUCGAAUUCUACACUCUUUCCAAUGUCGCAGGAUGAACUCCAGCAUGGGCCUGUCUGAGGUGAUGUCGGGAAAGUGUAAGAUAUUGCCGAAAAUGGUAUUGUGGACGACGGGAAGAUGAUAGGGCUUCACGACCGACGCAAGUCUUUCUGUACGCUCCGACGAAACACCUCGAAUUCACAAUGAAUCUACCGCCUGGGCCGCCAGUAACCGGCCACGACAGCGCCUUUCGGGCGGCGUCAGACGAAGAAUCAGUUGACUGCGACAACUUUGAGGCCAUUACAAGCAACGUAGAUUGAGAGUGUAGCGGCCACUGGGCUUCGAAGCGGGCGAUGGUGGUUAUAAACAGUGCAUAUAUUUUGAGAAUAGGGGAAUUGGAGCUAAGGCGGGUUGAUAGUUAGUGGGAUGCUCGUUGGGAACAACCUAUUCAUCACACAUCGUAAGAAUCCAGUAAUGUCCUGACGUGAUAGCACACCAAACAACCAACAGCGUACAGUGAGAAAAUAUAUUCAAAAUGGCCACAUGAUUAUUCUAUUUAAAUAAAUCUUACUAUAUUUCGAACGGUCUUACACGAUUUAAUCUAAUAUUGCAACAUAUUUGCUCGAAUAGUGCACUGUUUGCCACAUGAAUCUUCGGUCGGUUCGUUUACAGCUACUGGGGGGAAUAUUUGCUCGAAUAGUGCACUAAUAUAAAGUGUGCAUUGCACUUUUAUAAGGGUUGUUGCAUUAUUUCACUUCAAUUUGCAUCAAUAUUCCCGUCCGGUGGCGUUUUCUUCCAAAUUUCAGAGAACCGAACAGCAAACAUUAGGUAUGGCGAAUAGAGGGGCAGAUUUGGUUCGCAUACCGAUAUUUCGAAGAUUGCGUAUCCACUUACAAGUCGCAUUUAAUCCUCGCGCCAGAAGCCGUACAGUAACAUAUACGUUCUACUCGAUUAUGGGUGAGGCGGAGAGAGACCGGCACAAAUAUUUGCACAAUUAAUACCCACCGGUUAUUCACCUGCACAAAUAUUUUCUUGGGAAGGGAAAGCGGCUCUUACAAUUAAUACUUGUUGGGCUUUUUGGUAGCGGUUUGCUAGUGACCGCCUUGUUCCCCUCCUUCCUUCUGCCUCAUCCCUCCUCCAGUUCAUAACCCUGAAGCCAUGUCCCUCCCCGAUGCUUCUUCCACUUCUCCUCUGCAAACGCAACGGUCAGCAUACAGUGAUAGAAUAAACUGCCAGGCUUCAAUGUAGAGGGAGAGUGCUAGAUUAUACUCCCCUAUGCUUCUUGCGAUUUAGAUACAAGACUGCCUUAUGGGGGAGUGGGAGGUUGCUCUCGUAAGGGAGAAUGUUGAAUGCCAGCGUUGCAUAUCUGAGCGGCGGAGAUUGCACUGGUACCAGCUGAAAGAUGCACUGUUAGAAGGGUUGUUGCACCAUUUCUCUUCGUGUUGCUCCUUCGCAUUGCACUAUUAUUCCUAUUGCCGACCAUGUAGGUUUUGUCAUGUAUCUUCAGCAAAUUUAAUUUUUUAAAGCCAAACAUUAAACAUCGGGGCUGGCGAAUAGCGGGGCCGAUUUGGUUCGGGUUUCGAUGAGAGUGAGGUUGCGUAAAGCGCAAGGGGCGCAUUUAAUCCCCGCCAGGACCGUACGUUACGAUAUACGUUUCUCACCGAAUACAAAAGUGGCGGAUGUAGAGGAGGGUCAUUUUGGUCAAGCGGCUGAAAAUCUGGCCUGAAUCUACAAAAACCGAAAAAGACGGCCCACUUUUUCAAAAGCACAAAACUACUGGAUUUUUUAUGCAAAUUGGCCUAAUUUUUUGAUAGAUCUAUU